AUGCAAAUGAAUUAUAACAUAUUUUCCUGGUCUGCUGUCUAAGGAGCAAGGGUGAGAAAUGGUUUAGAAGAUGUAACGCAGGACGACUCAGGCAAGGUGGGAGAAAAGGCUGGAGAGAAGGAGGUAGUACUCGGUAGAGUAAAACAGUGACGGAAAACGAGAGAGAUGGACGGCAGAUGGAUGCUGUGAAGAAAGGAAAUGAGUAUGUUGUGAUGGGCUCAGCUCAUGGUUACAUCACAACACCAAAGUGCUCAGCUCAUCCAUAAAAGGAAAUUAUUUCGCUUUUGCUGAGGACCUAGAAUUGAAAUAAUGGCAUUUAGAUCAGGUUCCUUCAGGUCCUACAUGAAUACAUUGAUUUGACAGUGGAAUCAGAGGGCUCCCCUGGUUGAAGAUCUGUUUUGGGUUUCUGCCACCUUGUCUGGUUUUCAUUUUAAGACCCCUGAGCUCUACCUUUCUAGCCAUGGACAAUGAUCAGCCUCCGACCACCUCUACCACAGCAACAACCAACAGUAACAACAGCACAACAAACAGCACUGUCCGUCAGCAGGUACCCCAUAUAUCUGUCUACAGUGGCAUACCAGAUCGGCAAACAGUCCAGGUAAUCCAGCAGGCACUGCAGCGUCAGCCAAACACGGCAGCUCAGUACUUGCAGCAGAUGUAUGCAGCUCAGCAACAGCAUCUCAUGCUGCAGACGGCAGCCCUUCAGCAGCAGCACCUGAACAGCGCUCAGCUGCAGAGCCUUGCAGCCGUACAGCAGGCCAGUUUGGCAGUCAGCAGACAGGGGCCCUCGUCAAAUGGAAAUGUGUCACAGCAGACCGGAUCGCAGCAAACUACAAUUAAUCUGGCAACCUCACCUGCAACUGCUCAGCUGAUCAGUCGAGCACAGAGUGUGAACUCCACACCUGCCGCCACCUCAGGGAUCACGCAGCAAGCGGUGCUUCUAGGAAACACUACAACCCCAACUUUGACAGCCAGCCAAGCUCAAAUGUAUCUGAGAGCUCAGAUGGGUUGGAGUUUCUUUGGUGGGCAGAGACAUGUCAACAAAACAAGGGACUAUGGGAUGUGAUGUACAUUUCAAAGAGAUUUUACGGCACAACAAAGUAACCUUGUGCAAGUAGCUAGGAGCCUAGGCCGUGCUGUUCCUUUAUCCCCUCAGCUCAUCUUCACGCCAACAGCUACGGUCACAGCUGUCCAGCCUGAGGUCACCACUACAUCUACAGGACAGCAGUCUACCACUGUUACUCAGGUACAGAAUCUUGCCAUCCGUACCCAGCAGAGCACAGCUAGUACAGGUACAACCUCCACACAAUCUCAGCUUCCCAGUCUAGCAAUGAAGCCUAUUGUGUCCAGUCAGCUAGCUUCAAAUACACUUCAAGGCAAGAUUACACCACAGAGCCCCAUUCAGUGUAAUAAAGGAGGUCUGUCUGAUUCAUCUGCGGACAACUUAAAGAAGACAGACAACAAUGUACCAGCAAGCUUAGAAAAUAAAGCCAUUAGCCUCAGCCGUACAACUGCCACCACAUCUGUUCCAGUCACAGCGCAUCCUCUCAUCACGCCCGCCUACGCCCAGAUUCAGCCUCACCAGUUGAUUCAGCAACAGCAUAUACAACUUCAGCAGAAGCAAAUCCAGCAUCAGUUUGUGAUUCAACACCAGCCGGUUCAACAGAGACCACAGCCUCAACUUGUUCAAGCUAGUAACACUACUACUACUACUACCACAACAACCACAACCACCACUGCCACUGGUGCCUCAGCAGCUCCUCUUCAGGCUGUCCAGCCUCAGGUGCAGACCCAGUCAUUAGCACAGCCUCUGCAUUUACAGCCUGUGGCAGUGCAGUGCACUGCUCAGCCUCAGGGUCCAGUCCACAGUCAGACUCCUUCUCAGGGUCCAGUCCCACUGCCAAGUCCGCUUUCAUUGUGUGCGUCUUUAACUGUGCAAAAAGACACUGUUCAACACCAGCAAGCCACUUCACAGCCCCCUGUGCUGCAGGGUGCAGUUCCAGUGCAGAUAAAUCCUGAUGUAGUUCACCAAAAUGGGCCGACUGAAGAGCCGUCACAAGUUGUGAGCCAACCUCCACAAACGACAGCAGUGAAUUUGCAAGUCCAGCCAAUAAUCCACACUCAAAUCCAGGAAGCAGUGCCAAAGGAGAAACUGCUUGCCUUAGAAAAGAAGUUAACAGAAAAAACAUCAGGGCAGCAGAAUAAUUCGUUACCUUGUGCUGUAGUCACCACUGAACCAAAAACUCCUGCCACAGACAAACUGCUCUUCCAAGGGGAGGAACAGGAAAGCUCUCCUGUAAGGAGUAUUGCUGCCUUACCUGCAAUGACAUCAGGAAACGGAAACUCAACCAAAACUGUUGCUGGUAGCACCCCUCACAGUGGCGAAAGCAAACCACCCCAAGCUAUUGUGAAGCCACAAAUAUUGACGCAUGUAAUUGAAGGGUUUGUCAUCCAAGAAGGAGCAGAACCAUUUCCGGUGGGUCGAUCUUCAUUGCUAACCGAAAGUUUCAAGAAACAGAAGUAUUCUCAGCAGACCCUUUUGGAAUUGGAGAAAAUUCCUUCCCAGAACAAUACCACAACUGAUUCUGAAAUGGAAGAACAGUCUUUGCAGGAAUCAAAAGACCAAGAAGAGCCUCCCAAGCUAAAAUGUGAACUUUGUGGCAGAGUUGAUUUUGCGUACAAGUUCAAAAGAUCCAAAAGGUUUUGUUCUAUGGCCUGUGCAAAAAGGUACAAUGUAGGUUGCACAAAACGGGUGGGUCUCUUCCACCCUGACAGAAGUAAACUUCCCCCAAAAACAAAUGGCCCCAGACAUGGGAGAAGACGAUCCCGAAAAAAUGGUUUACAAAAUAACACCAGUCAAGAACACAAGAAACAGUUAAAGCCACCUGUUGCCUUGGCCACUACAGUGCCUGUUCCUGUAUCUGUACCGGAGCCCCUUCCAUCACCCCAUAGUCAGGAAGAUUCAAGUCGAGCCUCUGAUAAUUCUAGCUACGAGGAGCCACUGUCCCCCAUUUCCGCAAGCUCUUCCACAUCGCGCCGGCGCCAGUGUGAGCGAGAGUUUGACCUCCAAGACAUGAGAAUGCGUGACAUUCUUGGUGUGGGACACCAUUUCUUACCGAGUGACCCAACCAAAUGGAAUGUGGAAGAUGUGUAUGAAUUUAUCCGUACAUUGCCUGGAUGUCAAGAAAUUGCUGAUGAGUUCCGUGCACAGGAGAUAGAUGGGCAGGCUCUUCUUCUCCUGAAAGAAGACCACCUUAUGAGUGCAAUGAACAUCAAGCUAGGACCAGCACUGAAGAUCUAUGCUAGAAUCAGCAUGCUCAAGGACUCAUAAUUUUGCACUUCCCCACCACAGAGGCACCCAGUCAGUGUGAAGCUGAAAAGGCCGCUGAGCAUAGUUUUUGACUCUGCAAACUUGUGAAAAGGACACUUCAGUUCCCUGCAGCCACUGAAGGAAAACCUUAAUUUUAUCUCAGUCAUUUUUAUGUGCACUAAAACCAAUAAGUUCUGAAGUUGACCUUUUUUACUUGUACAAAUUGUUGGGCUGUCUGAAUUGUUUGACAGUAUGAGAAACUUGUUGAAAACACAGAUGCAUAUAAAAACUGUGUACUCCAGCAGCAUAAUGUUUUUUGUCGCGUAUUUAUGAAUGGAAGGGGGAAACGGGUGAAGAGUAAAACAUUUUUGCAUCAUGUGUUUAAAAGUAAAAUCCAAAGGAAUGUUAGCAGUCUGUUCUUCGUUUAUCACUUCUUGGGUAGAUUCUGAGGAGGCAGAGAUGAACAACAGUGUCUGAACAUGGCUGCCAAGUUUCAUUUCUGAACUGAAAAGAAAACUGAACUUGAACUACAGACAAAAGUAUCCGUGCUUUAUUGCUGCGUGCAACAGUGGAAAGACAAGCAACUAUAACCAUUUUUAUGUGCCACCUAAUUGUGGCAUUAGGCAGGGAAUAUACUCUGCACUGUGGUAUGGUGGGGACAUUAACAUGUUCCCUGAAUCAUGGGUAAUAGUGCAUAUUUAUCUUCGCUUUCUUUUCACUAGUGUAUGCAUUUGCAGGACUUUUGUCUGUUGCUGGGAACGCAGCUUAGUUGUGAAACAUAACUGAAUGUUACAAAGACUUUUACCCAUUUAGUAAAGAUGUAUGGAAUCCUACUGUAACAGUAAGGAUGGCAGUGAAGCUAGAGAAUAUGGUGCUAUCAAUUACUGAAGCAAUUAAAUUUGUAUUUGUAAGUAUUUAUAAAAAUAAGGAACAUUUUGUACAGUUUUUCAUUAUGCAGAAUAUCAACAGAAUGUCUGCAAGCCACUUUUUGUAGCAAAGAAAUGUUUGUUAAAAUUCUGUUUUUCUGGAGUUUUGGUCACUGUUGAAUUUGCAUGUUUUGUAAUAAAAGAUGAAAAAAUGCUAAGCACCAUUUUAACAAGAUA